GCCAAGCCAUGGCCUCUCAACCCCACCACCUCACUCUCAUCUUCUUCUUGAUUUUGAUCUUCAGAUUUGCAGAUUCUCGCCCACUUAAAGCAGAAGAAAAUGAAGCAGAAAAGAUGGUAAAUAUUAAGGCUAAUUUUAAUAACAAUAACAACAAGCAGGAGAGGAAGAAGAUGAACCUGAAAGAUAUGAAAGACUUGGGGGCUUUUCCUCUUCCUGAUAGAAUUCCCUUUUUACCUCCAUGGCCAAACCUUCCAUUGCCAUCUCCACUGCCAAACUUGCCUUUUCCUCCCAACCCUUUUAACGCGCCAUUGCCACCCUUUCCUUUUACUUUCCCAUUUCCUCCCUUUCCCUUUAAUGCACCUCCUGCUCCAUGAGUACUUUACUAAUUUCCAUGAAAAUAGCAGCUAGCUCUGAGUCCAUUUAUGAAGCUUAAUCGAGUCAUGUUGUCAUUUACAAGUCUUGCUUUCUCUUUUUCUCUCAUGCAUAUGUACAAAUAUUGUAAUUUCCUGUUUGUCAUUAGUGUAAAAAUAAAUAAAUAAACUUCUUGUGGUCA